UGCGUCCUCUUGCUGUUCUUCGUUUGCGUGCAGGGAUCGGCACGAGGGUGCUCGCCCACUCUCGCGUCGAUCCGGCAAUUCCAUGGGGCUACUGAGCUCGGCCAACAGAUGUGGCUGCAAGAACCUCCUGAGCUGCAACCUCCUCAGAUGCGCAUGCUGCUGCUCGUGGAUCCGUGGUGUCUGUGGCAGGGCGAGCAGGGAGGCCACACAAGAGGUGUCGGACACGAAGAGGAAAAAGAAGAGGAAGUGGUUUCUCGGCCUUUGUGGUGGGGCGGUGCGAGAAGUGGAGGAGCCGUUGGCAUCAUCAGAGUCGAAGAAGAAGAAGAGGAAGAAUCCGACAACGAUCCCUGAGCAAGAUAAGGGCAAGUGGACAAAGAAGAUAUGGAAGAAAAAGAAGAGGAAGAACCAACAGAACGGGUUGGCAGCCCUAGUCAAAGAAAUUUCGCUCUCAAACAGUCCCAAGCACAGGGCUCAAGCAGGGGAGAUACUACGGAUCGGCAACAACAACAUCCCUAGUAGGGUAUUUACAUUCCGUGAAUUGGUUGAUGCCACCAACUCUUUCAGCACAGAAAACUUGCUGGGUGAAGGCGGCUUUGGAAGGGUGUACAGAGGAUACAUUCCAGACACUAUGGAAGUCAUAGCAGUUAAGCAGCUUGACAAGGAUGGGUUGCAAGGAAACCGUGAGUUCCUUGUUGAGGUGCUGAUGCUUAGCCUACUGCAUCACCCAAACCUAGUCACCUUGCUUGGGUACAGCACCGACUGUGACCAGAGGAUCCUAGUGUAUGAGUUCAUGCCACUCGGUUCAUUGCAAGAACAUCUCCUGGAUGUCACUCCAAAUUCCCAGCCACUAUCUUGGCAUACACGGAUGAAGAUUGCAGUUGGUACAGCUAGAGGCAUUGAGUACUUGCAUGAGGUAGCCAACCCGCCAGUGAUCUACCGUGAUCUCAAGGCAUCAAACAUUCUCUUGGAUGGAAGCUUCAAUGCCAAGUUAUCAGACUUUGGCCUGGCGAAGCUUGGUCCGAGCGGCGACAAAAGUCAUGUCAGCACAAGGGUGAUGGGCACAUACGGCUACUGUGCUCCUGAGUAUGCUAUGACUGGCAAGCUAACAAAGACUUCAGACAUCUAUAGCUUUGGUGUAGUUCUCUUGGAGCUCAUCACUGGGAGGCGAGCAAUUGACACCACGAAGCCGACUCGUGAGCAGAUUCUUGUUCAUUGGGCAGCACCAUUCUUCAAGGAUAAGAGGAAGUUUGCGAAGAUGGCUGAUCCGUUGCUUGACAAGAAAUUCCCUCUGAAAGGUCUAUACCAGGCACUCGCAAUAUCAUCGAUGUGCUUACAAGAAGAAGCAAGCAGUCGACCGCUGAUCAGUGAUGUGGUAACCGCACUUACAUUUCUUGCUGAUCCAAACUAUGAUCCCCCAGAUGACAUCCAAGAUCCUCUCCCCAUAACAAUUCCAAACAUAGACAUAGAACCUAGCCAAAAGAAAACUGGAGAUGAAGAACAAUUACAGCAAAAAGAAGACGAGAGUAGCUGAAACGGCUUCUGAAACUAAGAGAUGAUAAAUCAAGCCAGAAAGGUCUGUACAGGAUCCAGAUGGCUCACAUAGGCAGGAUGUAACAACAGAUCAUGUUGUUCAAUGAAACUGAUGUAUGUGGUUUGGUAGAUGUAAUCAAUCUUUCAACAGAAUUUUCUUGAAACUGAUGUAUGACAUAUAUAGGCAGGAUGUAACAACAGAUUAUUUUCUUGAAUGAAACUAGUGUGCGUGCUUUGGUUAGGCAU